AUGCUGUAUAAAUGCUUGGAGUGUGCAAAGAGCUUUUUUCAGAAACACCACCUAACUAGGCAUCAAAAGGUUCACACAGGGGAGAAACCUUAUAAGUGCUUGAAGUGUGGGAAGAGCUUCUCUCAGAAUGUUCAUCUAACUAGGCAUCAAAAGGUACACACAGGAGAGAAGCCAUAUAAAUGCUUUGAAUGUGGAAAGAACUUCUCUCGGAAUGACACCAGCGGAAAGGCACCCUUGGCUGUUUCUCCACCGUCUCUUCCGUGGGGUGAAGGGAAAAGUCCAGCCAUGCAGCCAGCUCAGGCACAGCAAUGUCAGAAGGGCUCCUUCUCCACAAGUGCCUUUAAGGAACUCUUUGUUGAGGAAAGAUGUGGACCUGAGAGUGCCAAACCAGAUCUCAUAUCCUGGCUGGAAGAAGAGGAAGAACAGUUUCUCCAGAUCUCUGAUAUCGAGGAGCGAUUGGCAGGAGGCCUGGGAGAGUCAGCAAAUAGAAAAUCUGAGCAUUUGGAUGGUGGGGAAAGCUUCAGUUUUAAAGGACACUUUUUCCUUCAUAAAAGAAUUCACACAGGGGAGAAACCAUAUAAAUGCUUGGAAAAUGGAAAAAGUUUCACUGAAAGUAGAAACUUUCAUUCCCAUCAAAGAAGUCACACAGAGGAGAAGCCAUAUGAAUGCCUGGUCUUCAGUGAAAGGAGAAGCCUUACUCGUCAUCGAAGAGUUCACACAGGGGAGAAGCCGUAUAUAUGCCAGGUGUGUCAAAAAAGGUUCAGUAGGAGUGAAUGCCUUAAUUCCCAUCAAAGAAUUCACACACGGGAGAAACGAUAUAAAUGCCUGGACUUCAGUGAAAGGAGAAGCCUUACUCGUCAUCGAAGAGUUCACACAGGGGAGAAGCCACAUAUAUGCCAGGUGUGUCAAAAAAGGUUCAGUAGGAGUGAAUGCCUUAAUUCCCAUCAAAGAAUUCACACAGGGGAGAAACCAUAUAAAUGCCUGGAGUGUGGAAAAAGCUUCAGUGUAAGUAGAAACCUUACUCGCCAUCAAAAAAUUCACACAGGAGAGAAACCAUAUAAAUGCCUGGAGUCUGGAAAAAGCUUCCGUGACAAUGGAAGCCUUUCUUACCAUCAAAGAACUCACACAGGGGAGAAACCAUAUAAAUGCCUGGAGUGUGGAAAAAGCUUCAGUGUAAGUGGAAACCUUUCUUGCCAUCAAAGAAUUUACACAGGGGAGAAACCAUAUAAGUGCCUGGAGUGUGGAAAAAGCUUUAGUCACAGUGGAAACCUUACUCGCCAUCAAAAAAUUCACACAGGAGAGAAGCCAUAUAAAUGCCUGGAGUGUGGAAAAAGCUUCAAUAGAAUUACCCGCCUUACCGACCAUCGAAGAGUUCACACAGGGGAGAAACCAUAUAAAUGCCUGGUGUGUGGAAAAAGCUUUAAGCACAGAGGAAGCCUAUCUUGCCAUCAAAGAAUUCACACAGGGGAGAAACCGUAUAAAUGCCUGGAGUGUGGAAGAGGUUUCAGCGAUGGCAGAAUCCUUACCCGGCAUCGAAGAGUUCACACAGGGGAGAAACUGUAUAAAUGCCUGGAGUGUGGAAAAAGCUUUAAGCACAGAGGAAGCCUAUCUUGCCAUCAAAGAAUUCACACAGGGGAGAAACUGUAUAAAUGCCUGGAGUGUGGAAGAGGUUUCAGCAACAGCAGAAGCUUUACCCGCCAUCGAAGAGUUCACACAGGGGAGAAACAGUAUAAAUGCCUGGAGUGUGGAAAAAACUUCCAUGAAAGUAGCAGCCUUACUCGCCGUCGAAGAGUUCAUACAGGGGAGAGACCAUAUAAAUGCCUUGAGUGUGGAAAACAUUUCAGUGAAAGUAGAAGCUUUACACGCCAUCGAAGAGUUCACACAGGGGAGAAGCCAUAUCAAUGCCUGGAGUGCGAGAAAAGCUUCAGUGAAAGUAGAAGCCUUACUCACCAUCGAAGAGUUCACACAGGGGAGAAACCAUAUAAAUGCCUGGAGUGUGGAAAAAGUUAUACAGGAAGCCUAUCUUACCAUCAAAAAAAUCACACAGGGGAAAAAGCAUAUAAAUGCCUGGAGUGUGGAAAAAGUUUCCGUGCAAGUAGAAGCCUUACUUGCCAUCGAAGAGUUCACACAGGGGAGAGACCAUAUAAAUGCCUUGAGUGUGGGAAAAGCUUCAGUGAAAGUAGAAGAAUUCACACGGGGGAGAAGCCAUAUAAAUGCUUUGAAUGUGGACAGAUCUUCUCUCAGAAUGAUGCCCUAACCAAGCAUCGAAAUGUUCACGCGGGGGAAAAGCCAUAUAAAUGCUUGGCCGAAUCCCUACCAGGGCACCAGCGGGCCCCCAACCCCCCUCCCCUACAACGGUUCCCUCGGCUCCCAAAGGAGGAGAAGCCGGAGGCGAGCGCGCAGCAGCCGGCAGCCCCCUUGCAGCCCCCGUGCCUUGUCUCCGAGGAGCGCAAAGCCGGGCAACGCAGGCGUGACACCAGUGGAAAGACACCCUUGGCUGUAUCUCCACCGUAUCUUCCGUGGGGUGAAGGGAAAAGUCCAGCCAUGCAGCCAGCUCAGGGUUGGCUCUCUGCUGUCACUGUCCACCAAGAAUUUAAAUGGCAGACUGGACUCUCCAUAGAAGAAUCAGCCAACACAGGGGCAGGAGGCCUGGGGGAGUCAGCAAAGAGAAAAUCUGAGCAUUUGGAUGGCGGGGAGAGCUUCAGUUUUAAAGGAAACUUUUUCUACCAUGAACUAAUUCCCAAAAGGGAGAAACCAUAUGAAUGCCUGGAGUGUGGAAGAGGCUACAGCCACAGCAGAAACCUUACUCGCCAUCAAAGAAUUCACAAAGGGGAGAAACCAUAUAAAUGCCUGCAGUGUGGAAAAGGCUUUAGUCACAGAGGAAGCCUAUCUUGCCAUCAAAGAAUUCACACAGGGGAAAAACCAUAUGAAUGCUUGCUAUGUGGAAAAAGUUUCAGUGAAAGUGGAAGCCUUACUCGCCAUCGAAGAGUUCACACAGGGGAUAAGCCAUACAAAUGCCAGGUGUGUCAGAAAAGGUUCAAUAGGAGUGAACACCUUAAUAACCAUCAAAGAAUUCACACAGGGGAGAAACCAUAUCAAUGCCUGGAGUGUGGAAAAAGCUUUAAGCACAGAGGAAGCCUAUCUUGCCAUCAAAGAAUUCACACAGGGGAGAAACCAUAUAAAUGCCUGGAGUGUGGAAGAGGUUUCAGCGACAGCAGAAGCUUUGUUUGCCAUCAAAGAGUUCACACAGGGGAGAAACCAUAUAAAUGCUUGGUGUGCAAAAAAAGCUUCAGUCGGAGUGGAACCCUUAAUUCUCAUCGAAGAAUUCACACAGGGGAAAAACCAUAUAAAUGUCUGGAAUGUGGAAAAAGCUUUCGUCACAGUGCAAGCCUAUCUUGCCAUCAAAGAAUUCACAAAGGGGAAAAGCCAUAUGAAUGCCUGCUAUGUGGAAAAAGUUUCAGUGACAGUGGAAACCUAACUCACCAUCGAAGAGUUCACACAGGGGAUAAGCCAUAUAAAUGCCAGGUUUGUCAGAAAAUGUUCAGUAGGAAUGUACACCUUAAUACCCAUCAAAGAAUUCACACAGAGCAGAAACGAUAUAAAUUCUUGGAGUGUGGAAGAGGUUUCAAUGACAGCAGAAGACUUACUUGCCAUCAAAGAAUUCACACAGGGGAGAAACCAUAUAAAUGCCUGGAGUGUGGAAAAAGCUUCACUGAAAGUAGAAGCCUUACUCGCCAUCAAAGAAUUCACACAGAGAAGAAACUAUAUAAAUGCCUAGAGUGUGGAAGAAGCUUCAGGAAGAAUGGAAGCCUUACUUGCCAUCAAAGAAUUCACAGAGGUGAGAAGCCAUAUAAAUGCCUUGAGUGUGGGAAAAGUUUCAACUACAGCGGAAACCUUAAUUCCCACCGAAGAAUUCAUACAGGGGAGAAGCCAUAUAAAUGCUUGGAGUGUGGAAAGAGUUUCUCUCAUAAUGGUGAUCUGACUAGACAUCAAAAGAUUCACACAGAGGAGAAACCAUAUAAAUGCUUUGAAUGUGGAAAGAGCUUCACUCAGAUUGGCUAUCUAACUACACAUCGAAAGGUUCACUCAAGGGAAAAACUGUAUAAAUGCCUGGAGUGUGCGAAGAGCUUCUUUCAGAAACACUACCUAACUAGGCAUCAAAAGGUUCACACAGGGGAGAAGCCUUAUAAGUGCUUGAAGUGUGGGAAGAGCUUCUCUCAGAAUGUUCAUCUAACUAGGCAUCAAAAGGUACACACAGGAGAGAAGCCAUAUAAAUGCUUUGAAUGUGGAAAGAACUUCUCUUGGAAUGAUACCCUAACUAGGCAUCAAAAGGUACACACAGGAGAGAAGCCAUAUAAAUGCUUUGAAUGUGGAAAGAACUUCUCUCGGAAUGGUAUCCUAACUAGGCAUCGAAAGGUUCACUUGGGAGAAUCCAUAUAA